AUGGGUCAAAUGAUUGUUCAGGUGGUUUUGGUGGCAGUUAUGGUGGUGCUUGUGGGAGUGGCUGGGGCAACUCCUCCUGGGAUAGCCAAGAAUCCAAGCCAUGCAACUUGCAAAAUAAAGAAGUAUAAACAUUGUUACAAUUUGGAGCAUGUUUGCCCCAAAUUUUGCCCUGAUGGAUGCACUGUGGAAUGUGCUUCUUGCAAGCCCAUUUGUGUUGGGGAUUGUGACAGACCAGGAGCAGUUUGCCAAGACCCUCGUUUCAUCGGCGGCGAUGGCACCACAUUCUACUUCCACGGCAAGAAAGACACCAACUUCUGCCUCGUCUCCGAUCCAAACCUCCACAUCAACGCCCACUUCAUCGGCAGAAGAAGCCAAAACAUGAAAAGAGACUUCACCUGGGUUCAAUCCAUCGCCAUCCUCUUCAACAACAACCACACACUCUUCAUCGGGGCCCAAAAAACCGCCGCAUGGGACGAUUCCAACGACCGCGUUGACCUCUCCUUCGACGGUCAACCCAUCACACUCCCACAAUCAGAAGGAGCCACGUGGACAUCCCAAACCUCCCCCAGCGUAACCGUUUCUAGGGCUGAAGACUCCGCCACCAACAGCGUGGUUCUGGAGGUCGAAGGGAAACUGAAGGUGAGCGCAAAGGUUGUUCCUAUAACUGAAGAAGAUUCCAGAAUUCAUAGCUAUGGGGUUACCGAAGAGGAUUGUUUUGCGCACCUUGAUUUAGGGUUCAAGUUCUUGGAUCUGAGCAGAGAAGUGAGUGGGGUGUUGGGACAAACUUAUAAGGAAAACUAUGUGAGCCGUUUGGAUAUUGGAGCUAAAAUGGCUGUGAUGGGUGGUAGUGGAAGUGAAUUCGAGAGUUCUAGCUUGUUCUCCACAGAUUGUUCUGUUUCUCGUUUUGUUGGUGACAGUAAUAAUAUUGGAGAGAAGAGCAGUUUUGAAGGGUUGAGCUGCCAAAGUGGAAUUGAUGGACAAGGAGUUGUUUGCAGGAGAUAGGUUAUUGUUUCUGCAGCUUUAUGUUAAUUUGAUUAUCAGACACCUUUACUUGUUUAAUUUGUUUAUGUUUUUAUCUUAUGAGAAUAAAUUACAUAAU